AGUCCAAGGAUAACAACUAGGACAACAUGAUGGAGAAACAUGGCUCCAAGAAAAUGAAGAGCAGUAGUACUACUCCUCUUUGCAUCCCCAGGUUCAGAAGCAACAAGAAAACACAUCCCUCGCCAAUGACUCUCCUGGAACGUUUCAGGGAAACCGUUCUCCGCCUCAUCAUGUUGUCAGCUCUCUCCAAGUCCUCGCACACCCCCGGAUCAUCACCUGUCGUCCAACCACGAAAGUACUGCCUUGCUGAUGCUCACCAGAGCGAGGCUGUAGCAGACUGCAUCGAGUUCAUCAAGAAGAAGGCGUUGACGGAGGAGAAUCGUGACUCCACCGCUAGUAGCCCCACCACUGAUGGCACAGAGAUGGUUGUUCCAGUUAGCUAGAGUUGUUGUGUGAUAAAUUAUAUGUGCGUUAGUUUCAUUAGAUUGUGUGGCGUGAGAUGUAGAUCUGUAAACUCAUUGUCGACCUUAGAUGAAAUAUAGGCUGUGAAAUAGGGUGGUAUACAAGAGAAUUGAAGAAUGUUAUAUAGUUUUCAUUGUUUAAUCCAAUUCAGUUGGAUUAAAAAGCUGAUUUAAUU